CUCCUCACUCUACAACACACACUCACUCUGACACACACUCGUUUACAGUGUACAGCUACAACUGAGAGAAUCUGAUCCUUUGUGUGUGCGCUCUUUUUUUAUUUUUUUACCUCUUCUUUCCCUCUUUCUCUCUCUUUUCCUCCCUCCUCAUCACUCCCUCCCCACCUCCUCUCUCUUUGCUCCUUGUUGAUGUGUGUGUCUGUGUGUGUAUAUAUGUGUGUGUGAACUGUGUGGAUAACAGACGCUCAUGUGAGCAGCCUCAGUGGCGGCAGCACUGACUGGUGAGAAAGAGGAGAGAGCAGGAAUAACAGAGCCACCACCAUCAUUCUGAUCGGAUUCACACCAGACAUGUGAGAAGAUGUCUGUGGGCGGCUGCGCGUGUCCCGGCUGUUCCUCCAAGUCAUUCAAGCUGUACUCCCCCAAGGAGCCCCCCAACGGUAGCACUUUUCCCCCUUUCCACCCCGGCACCAUGCUGGACAGAGACGUGGGUCCCACUCCAAUGUAUCCGCCCACAUACCUGGAGCCAGGAAUAGGGAGGCACACACCAUAUGGCAACCAGACAGACUACAGAAUAUUUGAGCUCAACAAACGGCUACAGAACUGGACCGAGGAAUGUGACAACCUGUGGUGGGAUGCAUUUACUACGGAGUUCUUUGAAGAUGAUGCUAUGCUGACCAUUACUUUCUGUCUUGAAGAUGGACCCAAACGCUACACAAUUGGUCGGACGUUAAUUCCAAGAUACUUCCGGAGUAUAUUUGAGGGAGGUGCAACUGAGCUGUACUAUGUGCUGAAACAUCCCAAGGAGUCCUUCCACAAUAACUUUGUCUCCCUCGACUGUGAUCAGUGCACCAUGGUCACCCAGAAUGGAAAGCCCAUGUUCACACAGGUGUGUGUAGAAGGUCGCUUGUACCUGGAAUUCAUGUUUGAUGACAUGAUGAGGAUAAAGACAUGGCACUUCAGCAUCAGACAACACCGUGAACUCAUCCCUCGCAGUAUACUGGCCAUGCAUGCUCAAGACCCACAGAUGCUGGACCAGCUUUCUAAAAACAUUACAAGAUGUGGCCUGUCAAAUUCCACCCUCAACUACCUCCGACUGUGUGUGAUUCUGGAGCCCAUGCAGGAGCUCAUGUCUAGACACAAGACAUACAGCCUCAGUCCCAGAGACUGCCUCAAGACCUGCCUCUUCCAAAAAUGGCAGAGGAUGGUGGCACCACCUGCUGAGCCAUCAAGACAGGCCCCUAACAAACGGCGGAAGCGUAAGAUGUCAGGUGGCAGCACCAUUAGUGCAGGAGGAGGAGCUAAUAACAACAACAACAACAAAAAGAAGAGCCCUGGUAGUGGCUUCCCCCUGUCCAGCCAAGUUCCGGACGUAAUGGUGGUGGGAGAACCUACUCUGAUGGGUGGGGAGUUUGGUGAUGAGGAUGAGCGUCUGAUCACACGGUUGGAGAACACGCAGUUCGACGCAGCCAACGGCAUUGAUGACGAAGACAGUUUCAACAACUCUCCAGCGCUGGGCUCUAACUCGCCCUGGAACAACAAGGCCCCCUCCAGCCAGGAGAGCAAGAGCGACAACCCCACCUCACAGGCAUCACAGUAGAGCCCAGAGCCCCGCAACCUCUACAUAAACCCCUCUCAACCACUCCUCAACCCCCACCCCUAUAGCCAAGACUGCAACCAAAACAGUCCACCAUCUGGUUUACAAAUGAAACACUGCUGUAGUGCUCAGAUUCACUCUCAGAGGUAGCCUGAGGGAUCUCAGUCUGUCCUCUGACUGAACCAGAGCCAGUUUCUUCCAGUGCUGUUUUUCCCAAUGUUUAGGCACUGUUGCUCUGUUCUCAACAUGUACACAAUCCUAUCCCAUCUGCUGUUGCUAAUUUUUUAUUUUGGACAGGGAUUGGGUUGAUGUGACCAGGAAGUAGCAGGGAUUUAAUCCACAAGAGAAGUAAAUACACUAACCUAUCCAUACUGAAGGUUCACAUGUAUGAACAGGUGGGGUAGAGGAGGAGGUGGUAACGGGGCUUCAGGAUGGUGGCGAGUUGCUUAGGGACGACUUGUCCACCCAUCAUCUAAACAUGGCUCUCAGUUGAGGUCUGCUCUGCUGACGUAUAAGUCACUUCUGAUGUUUGUCAAGAGAAUAUAUGUGUGUGCGUGAGUGUGUAAAAUUUGUGAGGAGAGAAAAGAGGCAGUGCGAGUUUAACUGUGGCUUUGCCGAAGCAGACGGAUCAAAAUUUAGAAUCAGUCUGUAAUACCAUUGAAAUUAACACACUAGUAGGAAGGCUGUUGUGUGGCGCUAGGGCAAAACUACACACACAUGCAUACAUGCAUAUAUGUAUAUUCACAUACACGUAACAUUACAAUUGAAGGAUUUUAAAUGCCCUAGUACCCGAGCCAUCUCUGAUUAGACUACAGUGAAUGCAGUCUUUCAAAUGGAGAGCAUUUACUACACAUACAUGCACAUACACAGUUACACAUUUUAAGAGUUUUUAUACAGUAUAUAUUUCCCUAGAAUGUUUUUUAAUUUGUAUUAAACGCCUUCAUUUCAAUUGUUACUUUUUUAUUUUCUACCAAUACUGAAAAGCUACAGACCAAGGAGCAACGCAGGACUUUUAUCCCUCCCCCUCUAAAAUAUAUUGUUUUUAUCUUUUAUGUUUAUAAAGAGAAAUAAUUUAGUGUGGAUGUUUUUAUUUGGUCUUUUUUUCUUUUUUGGAGAAUUUUUGUGUAUUUGUGCUUGUAUAUUUAAGGUAGUAGCAAAGUUCUGUCUGACUGUAAUAAAAUGUAUUCUUACUUAGAUUUACCUAAAGCCAUCCCGAUCUAAUGUAAAGUAACAAAAAUAGGAAAAAGGAGAAGAAACACUCAUGAACCCCCUCCCUCUUCCCUCCUGCUGUCUUUCCUCCUUCCUCUUUUUUAAAACUUGUGUAAAUUAAAUUUCAAUCUCCUGGGGGUACAAUGGCACCAUGGACAGAUUUAUUCAGCUUUUCUGUUUUUUUUUUUUAUUUUAUUAUUUAUGUUGGUAAUUUCAGAAAUUCUCAUGUAUUUCAUCUUGGUAGGAACUGAUCUUUUGCCUAACAAUCACCAUUUUCUGCAUUUUAUCUUUAUGUCAAGUGAAUGUGCUCAAUUUUAUUUGGUGACCAUCAUGUUUCAAUGCUUGUUUCCAAGCAGUUACAUGUUUCCACGUUUUUUGGGUUUUUUUCACACACACCAGCUAACAUUUUGUUCAGUUUCCUCUUUAGUAGCAGUGCUGAUUCUGUAAAGGUGAAUUAAAGCAGCUGAAGCUCUUUUAUUUGUACUUUUCCUUUUUGUUGCAGUUGAUUCCCACGGUGUUUAUGAUUACGUUUGAAUGGUGACUUGUACCUUCUCCAAACCCUGUAGAGAAAUCAUUGUUUGAUAUAUUUUUGAUUUGGUUAGUUUCUGCCCUUAAUAAUUAAUGUAUGGUACAAUAAAAAAAAGAUGCAUUUUCACUUUGAA